CCUGUCCCGAUUCAGUGUGUGGGUUCGGGUUCUCCCCCCCCUUUCUGAUGUGUCGGCUGCAGCGGCUUCAGUGUGUGGAUUGGAACCACGGCUACCUCAUGUAUGGGGAUCAGAAUGGACGGGGAUGGCGACGAGGGAGGACGUGCGGCAGUGUGGCGGGGGUGUGGUCGUUAUCGUCGUUGCUGUGGACCCGUGAACCCUCUUUGUAGCAAUGGUCAUGGCUGAACCUUCGGAGGGGCCUCGACUCGGCCACGAGCCUCCUCAGCCCAUCAGAGUCGGCUUCUACGACAUCGAACGGACCAUCGGGAAAGGGAAUUUUGCCGUCGUCAAAUUGGCUCGGCAUCGCAUCACCAAAACCGAGGUUGCCAUCAAAAUCAUCGACAAGAGCCAACUGGACGAGGUGAAUUUGCACAAGGUCUACCGAGAAGUGAAUAUCAUGAAGCAGCUACUUCAUCCUCACAUAAUCAAACUUUAUCAGGUGAUGGAGACCAAGAACAUGAUCUACUUGGUUUCCGAAUAUGCAAGUCAGGGCGAGAUCUUCGAUUACAUUGCUCAACACGGGCGGAUGAGUGAGCCUGUGGCGAGGCGCAAGUUCUGGCAGAUCAUCUCGGCCGUCGAGUAUUGUCACAAGAAGAAGAUCGUUCAUCGGGACCUCAAGGCGGAGAACUUGUUAUUGGACUCGGGGCUGAACAUGAAGCUGGCAGAUUUCGGCUUCAGCAACUACUACGCAUCGGGCUCUCAGUUGGCGACGUGGUGCGGGAGCCCCCCCUAUGCCGCCCCCGAGGUCUUCGAAGGGAAGAAAUACACCGGACCCGAAAUCGAUCUCUGGAGCCUGGGAGUGGUGCUGUACGUGUUGGUCUGCGGAACGCUGCCGUUCGACGGGACGACGCUGCACGCGCUGAGGGACCGAGUCCUCUCUGGACGAUUCCGCAUCCCGUAUUUCAUGUCCACCGAGUGCGAGUCUCUGAUCAGGAAGAUCCUUGUCUUGGAUCCGGCGAAGAGAUACACUCUGGAUCAGGUGAAGAGACACAAGUGGAUGCUCAUGGAUGGACAUCCUAAGCUCCUUCCACCUCUACCUGACCGACAAGCUGAACCUAACGAACAAAUCCUCAGGCUCAUGCAGAGUCUAGGGAUCGAUACCAACAAAACUCGCCAGUCGGUGUUGAACAAGACUUACGACCAUCAUGCUGGGAUCUACCUGCUGUUGUUGGAGAGAUUGCAUCAGCAUCGGAGCAGUCACUCGAUGGAUCCAGAAAGGCGUCGACCGAGCACCAUUGCCGAGCAGGCGAUGCGAAAGAUGAACAUAUCAGGCGGUUCAGCCCCGCCGCGGGUCAUCCACGAAUUCUCUCGAACCCAGACGUGCCCUGAUCAAGGGAUGGAAUCCCGACAAUCCCGGCCUCCUCUCCUGCCCCCAGCUCAAGACCCUGCUCAACCCGUGGAAUUAGGGAAUUCCAGUCGGUUUUCUCUGACUCGGAUCGGGAAGGAAAAGUUGGAUGUGGUGCACGAAGACCGAGAGGGUUUCCAGCAGCAGCAGAGCCAGGCUGCUGGGAUGGAAGGCUCCAUGUGUAUGGGAGAGACUCCCUCACCUGCGGUCUUCUGGAAUCGCCAGCGCGGUUCAAGCCAACCAGUCAAGGGAGGACUGUGUACAUCAAUCGACGAAGGUGUGGAGACAGACAUGUCAGACAGCAGUGUCAGUAUCUGUGAUAGCAAUGCUUCUUUCCACACAAGUCAUGCACCCAUGCUCAGGACAAUGGCCCAAGCCCAUGCUGGGGACUCCUCUAGUCAGUGCUACUUGUAUGAUUCUCCACAGGGGAGUGUUACAAGCACUGGUUCCACAUUUGAGAGCUUCGACUCGCAAAUUGAGCCCGACUUCUCAUCGAGCCUUGUGUCAUGCACAUCAUCCAAUCUCCUCAUAGUUGGGGGUCAUCUUGCCCCACAGAUAGGGACUCUUCCUCCUGAUGGUUCCCAGACAGUCACUAUGCGGGCAAGUCCUUCCAGUCGGGGUAUAGUUCGACACAAUCCAAUGGAGGCCGAGCGAAUCAUGACUCGAUCUCCAGUCAACUUCCGGGAGGGGCGUCGAGCCUCAGAUGGUCUAGUGGCUCAGGGCGUCAUUGCCUUUCGACAACAGGACUUGCCACAGGUAACAACUGGCUUGCCUGAGGGCUACAAUCCUGUGAUGCUGGCUCGAGAGUACAAGCAUCAGUAUAUGCAACACAGGCUGCAGCAAAAAAGAUUGAUCUUUCAAAACCAGGCUGCCAUGCACAGAGGAGCUGAACAGAUCUCGAGACGAGCGAUGGUCCGACAGACAAGCUACAAGUUAGCACAACAGGCUCCUGUCCUUCCACCCCUGCCAGUUAUGGAUCCUGAGGUUCACUUUCAGCCCAUUGCUGAAAAUAUUGGGAACCUUCCAUACCAAGGGAGUCAACAUCUGCCAGAGUCUGACCUUCCUCUGGUAGCUGUGAAUCCUAUGAGACUGCAUCCUCACAGCAACAAUCUCAACUGGGAGCAUUGCAAGGUGCAAGGGAAUCUUUCCACUCACUACCUCUGUCCCUGCAAAACCAUGGACUCCAACUGCAAUCUAGUCAUCUCUGCAGCUCAUUGCCAGGAGCAAAUCCAGAACCAUGGCGAGGCAACUUACAUCCAUGGGACAAUGUUCCUCAUCAAGCCUGGCAUUAUGUCCAAUGCUUCAAUGAUGGGCACCUCCCUUGAUGCAAACAUGGCAAACCUUUGCCCACAGAUCCUUGAACCCCAUUUGGUGCCGCCAGUUCAGUACCUUCAGGAUGCAAAUUCUGCUUCUCAAGAGCCACUGAUAAACCAAUCCAUGGAAAUCUCAUGA